UUAGAAUUAAAAAGGUAGUUCUUCAACAUCUUCUCGUUCAACUGCAAACCACCUAUAUCCGAUAUUCGCACGGAAAUAUCCUUCUUAUCGAGCAAAUCAAUACGUUUGAUAUAGAAAUCAGCACCCAUCGUUUGUACAUAGUAUCUAGUAUACUCGUCGUAGCAAAACCUUCGUACGAUGCUCGUCUAAAAAUACCACAUUUAAUAACAUCAUUUCAUAUUUCGCCAGCGUAUACAAUACACACUUUUCCCACAUUCGGAUCGCCCAACACGACGAUCUUCACAUUUUUAUCAGCCAUAUCCUCAUCGGAUUCAGACAUCGCGCAUUAUCCCGCCGGGAUUUGCAUCGACAUUAACAUAUCAACGGCGGAAAAUCCUGCGAAAAUAACCGCCCAAGCAUUAGAAACACGUACCGUUCUAUCGGAAAAAUCGCACAUAAAACCCAGGGGUCCGCCUAUCCGGGCCCCACACAACGCGAAAUCCACCGCACAAGGAACAUGUUCAAGUACAUCGUAGUCGUCGCCCUGUGCAUUACGGUGUACGUACAGUCCUGUUUGAUCACCAACUGUCCCAGGGGCGGCAAAAGGAGCGGCAAAUUCAACGUCGAUGCCAAAGUAAAACCGUGCAUCUCCUGCGGUCCCGGACACACCGGCCAAUGCUUCGGACCGAACAUUUGCUGCGGCCCGUUCGGCUGUCUCGUAGGCAGCCCGGAGACGUUGCGUUGCCAGAGAAACGGUUUGUUCAACGAGGCGGAGCCCUGCUUGGCGGGCGCCGGUUAUUGCAGGGAUCGCACCGGCCGGUGCGCCGCCGAUGGAAUCUGUUGCGAUCAAGAGUCCUGUUAUGUCGACCGACAAUGCACGAUCAAGUCCGAGACGCUGGAUAACCUGGAUAUAUACAAUUUCGUGAACGCCUAUCCCGCCGAGAUGCCGCUAGAGAAGUGAACCCGUACGCGCUAAUUACUCGAUGAAUAAAAAAAACUUUGUACAGCACUUACCUCGAGUUUUUA